AUGAGCUUGAAAGAAGUAUUCGAACAACAUCCAUGGAGGUCAUUUAAGAAGUUCAAUGAAGCUGCAAAGAGUCGGGGAUUUACUAACAGAGCUGAAGUGAAAAGGUUCUUUGACAAAAAUGUUGUACAUCAAACAAAAAUAAACCCUUACGACUACUUUUUACCAAUUUACUCCAACACUCCUGACGCAUACCAAUUUGACACUCUCAUUCAAAGCAGAAAAGGAGGACAUAAACCAUUCCUCAUCUUCAUAAAUGUUAACACUCGUAAAGCAUAUGCAUAUCCAAUGAAAAAUAAAGGAACUCGUGAAGUGUUAAGAGUUUUACAAAAGUUUGUAGCAGAACAUAACCCAAGUACUUUAACAUCAGACCAAGACAGUGCAUACCUCAGCAAUGAAAUCACAGAAUUUCUCAUUAAGCAUAACAUAACUCACUACACUACUGAAGACCAUAACCAUAACAUACUCGGCAUCAUAAACCGCUUCAUAAGGACUCUCAGAGAUU